AUGUCCCCAAGGGGGUCCCGGGACCCCCCACGUGACCUCGGGGUGCCCCCACGUGACCCCAAGGAGUCCCCAAAUCCCCCCAAGGUGUCCUCGGGUGACCCCAAGGUGUCCCCACGUGACCUCGGCCCGCCCCCACGUGACCCCGAGGUGACCCCACGUGACCCCGCGGCGUCCCCAAACCCCCCCGAGGCGCCCUCAGGUGACCCCAAGGCGUCCCCACGUGACCCCGAGGCGUCCCCACGUGACCCCGAGGCGCCCCCACGUGACCUCGGGGUGUCCUCGGGUGACCCCAAGGCGCCCCCACGUGACCCCACGAUGCCCCCAUGUGACCCCGAGGCGCCCCCACGUGACCUCGGGGUGUCCUCGGGUGACCCCAAGGCGUCCCCACGUGACCCCACGAUGCCCCCACGUGACCCCACGAUGACCCCACGUGACCCCGAGGUGUCCCCACGUGACCCCAAGAUGCCCCCACGUGACCCCGAGCUCCCCCCCCCCCCAGUGCCCCCCAACUCCCCCCCCUGCGACGAUGAUGACGAUGACGAUGAUGAAGAUGAGGCCGAAGGGGACGGGGAGGUGAAGAAGCGCUCCAAGAGCUGCAGUUUCCCGGGGGGUACCGAACCCCCCCGGCCCCCCCCGGGCCGCGACCCCCGGCGUCGCCUCAACGGGGACCCCCGCGGGACCCCCCCACUCAUCGCCCCCUCCCCCACCCGCACCGUUGGGACCCCCCGGGGUUGGGGAGGAUUCGGUGCUUAUCUGGGCCGGUUCUGGUCUGGUUCGGUUCUGGUCUGGUUCGGUUCUGGGCCGGUUCUGUUCUGA